GAUUCACAAGCCAAGCUCACUACUCCUACGUGCUACGUGCUUAACCAUUCCGAUCGAAGCCAAGCGCAAUGGCGUCCUCCAGCAAGGCCUGCGCCGCCGCCCUCCUUCUGCUGCUGGCCCUCGCGGUGGCCACGGCGGCCGGCGCGUCGAAGCGGAGCAUCGCGUCGGAGGCCAACCCGAGGCCGGUGGGGAAGGUCAUCGUGACGGAGCCCCCGGUCCCGACGUCGGCGCCGGCCAGCGCCGCGAAGUGGAGCAUCGCGUCGGAGGCCAACCCAAGGCCGGUGGGGAAGGUCAUCGUGACGGAGCCCCCGGUCCCGACGUCAGCGCCGGCCAGCGCGGCGAAGCGGAGCAUCGCGUCGGAGGCCAACCCGAGGCCGGUGGCGAAGGUCAUCGUGACGGAGCCCCCCGUCCCGACGUCGGCGGUGGUGGACGUGUCGGCGACGUGCAUGGGGUCGCUGCUGGAGCUGAGCCCGUGCCUGGCCUUCUUCAGGGACGCGGGCACGUCCAAGGCGCCGGCGGGGUGCUGCAAGGGCCUGGGCAGCAUCGUCCGAGACCAGCCGGCGUGCCUGUGCUACAUCUUCAACCGCACCCUGGAGCGUGCCAUCGGCGUCGACAUCCCCGUCGACCGCGCGCUUGCCCUCAUGGGCGACGUCUGCGGCCUCACGCUGCCGCAGGACCUCAUGAGCAGCUGCGGCGACAACGGCGGCGUGCCGCCACUGUACGUGUGUCCGGCGCCCUCGGCCUGAAUCGCCUGAUAUCUGUCAACCCAGGAGGAGAUGCGUGAGUAAAAGAUGGCAGCCCCUCUUCCAAGCAAGACGAAGGAUGCAUGCAUACGAAUGCAGCUUAUCAUAGAUACUCCAUACUAAUUGGAGUUUCGAAUUAGCAUCACAUGGAAUGGAUAUGAUACUACUAGCUACCAGAUCGAUCCUGGGUAUACUGUGGUUACGGAAGUAUGUACUGUCUCCACGCAUAAUGAUCAAUAUAUAAGAAACAAAAAAGUAUUAUAUAUUUA